UGACAGUUAAACUUUGUCGAACUUAAUUUCUGUCUUCUAUAUUUAUAAGUUAUUUAACUUUCUUGUAUUUCAUCCAUUUUAUUAACCGAAUAUUCAUACCGUACUAUACACAUAGAUUCUAACAUAACAUUAACAUAGAAACAUGAAACCUACAAUAGCAGCCGAUGAAAUGUUUCCAGAAGGGGUUGGUCCGUACAUGGAUUUAGAAGAAGCAGGAGGCCCAUCAAAUCUCCUUAUGGACUUAGCUGCUAAUGAAAAAGCAAUUCAUGCAGAUUUUUUUAACGACUUUGAAGACUUGUUUGACGAUGAUGACUUGAAGUAAAAUAAAUUUUCAGCUUAAUAUUUUAUGUUAGAUCUUAAAAAUAAAUUGUUAAUUUAG